UGGCAAGGACUAAAUCUAAGAGAAGGUCUAGAAAGUGUAGCUACGCUGAUGUACUACGCAGCACUAUACAGCUUAAAUAUGACCACUAGACUGCUGCUCGACAAAGGCGCCGAGGUCAACGCGCAGGGUGGAGGCUACGGCAACGCACUGCAGGCAGCUUCAUCUAGAGGUGGUCGGACCGAGCACAUUGACAGUUCAUCUCUCAGCUGA